CAGCGCGUCGGCUGACGACGUGGAAGUCAAAACCAGGUCCAAAACCAUGCUGAAACUGAUCUAAACCUGAGAAAGGCGCCCAAAUAAAACGGCAAAAACCACUGCUUAAAUCGUCAUCGAUCUUUUUCCUUUUUUUUUCGCUCCCCUCCAUCUUGACCGACUCCGUCGUACCAAGAACCAUCUUCAACCACCAUCCUAUAUCAAAUUUGAAUUCCAUUUCGAUUAUUUUGAGUCGACCUCGAUGAGAUCAACCUGCACCGCUGCAGCCCUCGCUGCAAUUUGCUCUCUUUCUGUUCAUGCCGACUCUGGGGCUCCAAAUGUAGAAACUCCCAAAUUUAGCCCAUCAUCCGUGGUAGGUCACUUUGUUGAACAAUUCACGAGUGAUUGGUCAACUCGAUGGAAUCCCUCAGAGGCAACCAAGCAAACAAGCACCGGCGGUGAAACAUUCAGCUACGUCGGAAAGUGGGAAGUGGAAGACCCCACUGUGCUUCCAGGAAUCGAAGGUGACCAUGGUCUGGUGGUCAAGAGUCCUGCUGCCCAUCACGCCAUCUCUGCCCCAUUCUCUAAAAUCCUUGACAACACGGACAAGACACUGGUCCUACAAUACGAAGUCAAACUACAAAAUGGUUUGGAGUGUGGUGGAGCUUAUCUUAAAUUACUCAAGGAAUCCCCCACUGGUAUUCAAGCCCAAGAAUUCUCUGACAAGACCGAGUACUCGAUCAUGUUUGGUCCCGAUCGAUGUGGUGCCACCAACAAAGUGCAUUUCAUCUUCCGUCACAAAAACCCCAAGACCGGCGAAUAUGAAGAGAAGCACUUCAAUAACGCACCUGCAAUCAAGAACGUCAAAACUACAUCGCUCUAUACCCUCAUCGUUCGACCUGAUCAAACUUUUGCGAUCAAGAUAGAUGACGAAGAAGUUAGCAAGGGAAGUCUCUUGGAAGACUUUGAACCGUCUGUCAAUCCCCCGAAGGAGAUCGAUGAUCCUGAGGACAAGAAACCUGAAGAUUGGGUCGAGGAAAGCAAGAUUGUUGACCCUGAGGCCAAGAAACCUGAUGACUGGGAUGAAGAUGCACCCCGAGAAAUCCUUGAUGAAGAUGCUGUGAAGCCUGCGGGAUGGCUUGAUGAUGAACCUCUUACAGUUCCCGACCCAGAAGCCGAAAAGCCCGAGGAAUGGGAUGAUGAAGAGGAUGGAGAUUGGGUCCCCCCAAGCGUUCCUAACCCCAAAUGUGAAGAUGCCCCAGGAUGCGGAGCAUGGGUCCGUCCGAUGAAGUCUAACCCUGCUUACAAAGGAAAAUGGGUCCCACCUAUGAUCGACAAUCCAGCUUACAAGGGUGUCUGGUCACCACGAAAGAUCUCAAACCCGAACUACUUCGAAGACAAGACACCCUCCAACUUCGAACCGAUGGCCGGAAUUGGUUUCGAGCUCUGGACCAUGCAGGAGAAUAUCUUGUUUGACAACAUCUACAUCGGACAUUCCGAAAAGGAUGCCGCCGAUUUUGCCAAAGAAACAUUCCACGUCAAGGUUGCCGUUGAAAAGAAACUUGAGGAUGCUACCAAACCUGAGGAACCGAAGCCAUCGACAGAAGACAUUCCCACAUUUGCCGAUUCGCCGAUUCAAUUUGCCCGCGGCCACGCCAAAGCAUUUAUUGACCUAGCUAUGGUUGACUUCAGGUCCGCAGUCAACCAGAUGCCGUCGACCGCUAUGGCUUUAGGAGGAUUGCUCGCGACUGUCAUUGGAGCCCUGUUCCUGGUUCUUACCGGCUCAAGUGCCCCUGCAACCAAGAAAGUUAAGAAAACGAGCAAGAGCGGCACGUCCAAAGACAAGGCGGCUGCCGAGAAGGUUGCGGAUGCGCCUGUCGCAGGUGAUGCUGGGAAGGCUGAAGGAUCCUCGGAUGUUAGGAAGCGUAAAUAGGAGACUGAGAAUUAUCGACCAUUGUGUCAGGAUCCUACAUAACAAACUAAACAAAAAUACCUACUUUGAGAUCUCUUCCUGUCUCCGUUUGCUGCAAGAGAUUGUCAGUCUACAUGUGGUUCCAUUUGUGAUUUUCAAACCCUCGUCUAGCCCAAUAUGCUAAGCUUACCGACAUGUUCAAGUAUGAGUGGUGAUGAGAUGUAACAAACCACGGUGUGACUGCUUCUCUCUCUUUCUCUCUUUCUCUCCCCAUUCUUUUCUUUUCUUUCAUUUCAUUUGCUUUUUUUUCUUUCCAAUUUCUUUUCUUUCUUUUUUUUUUCUUUUUUGCUUUUUUUUUCUUGGCUUGAUUAUCGAUGAUUUGAAAGAAUGGGAACCAAAAUUAAGCUCAAAUAGACCAAUCUCCCAAGAUGACCUGUUUUCUUUUAUCAACAACAAGGUCCCACCAACUCUAGUGAUUAUUUGGUCAUUCUUUGCACUGGCCUUUCUUCAAAUGUUCAUUUGAACUAGAGAUGUGUAGCAUUGUUCUGCUUGAGAAGGUCUCUUGCAAUGGAGCAGAUCAUUC